AUGCCGCCCGCACUACCCUCCCGGCCCUUAUCCUACGCGACGGCCCCCUCCGUCCUCCCCUACACCCUCCGCUUCCACCCCUACGCCCCCUCCGCCACCUCGCAGGUCCACCACACCCACCGCCUCUGCGUCGGCGCCGCCGUCAUCUCCACCCCCACACCCCCGGAUAAGAACAACAACAGCACCACCACCACUACCACCACCAACAAUAUCCCCCCCAGGAUCCUCCUCCUCCAGCGCUCCGCCCGGGAAAAGGCUCUCCCCCACCGCUGGGAACUCCCCGGCGGCGCCGCCGAGUCCCGCGACGGCGACGCCCUCGCCGCCGCCGCCCGCGAGCUCUGGGAGGAGACGGGCCUGCGCGCCGCGCGGUUCGCCGCCCUCGUCGGCGCCUACCAGUGGGAUGGCGCCGGCGACAGCGCCGCCGCGACGGCCGUGCCGGGGGACCAGGCGUGGGGUCUGCCGGGGGGCGGCGUGGGCGUCGCGGAGUCGGCCGACGUUGUCGCCAGUCGCCGCGACGCCUGGCGCAAGUACACGUACCUCGUCGAGGUUGAGACCGAGGCCGGCGGGCGCGCCGAUGUCGUCGUCGACCCCGAGGAGCACGAGGCCUUUGUCUGGGCCACGGAGGACGAGGCGCGCGCCGGCCGGUGCGGGGACGUCGUCCUCGACUGGACCUCGGAGAACCAGAGGCUGGACGUGUUGAAGGCCUUUGAGAUCGCGAAGAAGAGGCGCUAG